UGAUGGAUGGGUCGUGGAACAUCGUUAACGCUUGCUAAGAUUGUGUCAUUUGAAGCGUUUAGUUGACGCAAUAAACUUGAGUUUCCCAGUUUGACUUUGUCUUUCUUUUAUUAAUUUGUGUAAUUCUGCCUUUACACCACCAGGUGUCACAAGCUGUCGGCGGAACGCGGAAGUGAAGCCUCUUGCUUGUAAACACUGAAUAGCAACACGAUAUUCAUAGCUGAUAUAUUGUUAGCCUCGGGGAGUGUUUAAUAUCACAGUUGUGUUGCACAGAACUAAUGUCUUUGAAUGCACCAUGAGGCCGCAGCUGACUAAAAAGCGCCCGUCUGUGACAAAACCAGCCAGAUCAGAGGCUGCGCUGUCUUUGCAAGAGGAGCUCGUGGCAGCGAUACAUGGAGCGUUUGACGUGGCUGUGGAGAUCGCAGUCCGAGACGUGAAAAAACUGCUUGCUCGGGCUGCAACAGGAGACAACUAUGAAGAGAUGCGACGAGAGAAUGCGUCCCUCAAACAAAGACUGCAGAGAGCUGAAGCUCUGUUGGAUUCUGCGCGCAUGGAGGGAAGAGGUGGCAGCUCUCCUUCCAAGCAACUCUUCAAUGCCACAAAACAUAGAGGUCAACAGCUUCACAGUAGGUACAAACAAAUAAGCCCAAAUCCCAAAGUGGGCAGUGUGCACAGCGGUACAGGAGGCAGAGAUGACGCACCUCCUGCAGCUGAUACUGCACCGCAGGAUCCAGGUCUCCAACACGUGAGCAAAGAUGAGCAGAGUUCAGACGAUGCUGUAAAAAGACAGUGUGGCAAUGGGGCCGCUUCAGACCCAGAGAGAGAACUAAAUAAUGGCUGUAGUGAAGACGUUACUAAAGAGAUUUCCUGUGUCUGUGUAGUGAAGGUAGAGAGCCAGCCAAGUCAAGACCACUACCCACUACCGCUUCCCAGCACUGACAACAAGCCCAUAUUAGAGCAGGUUACAGUAAAGCAGGAGGAGCUGGAAGAGGAGAGAGAUGGUACACAGAGCACUUUGGACUUGAUCAAAGUGGAGGAUGUUAGUCUGGAGUGUAUGUCUGAUGUCCAGUCCAAACUGUUGGCCGAGUGGAAACCUAAAGUGCUGGAUAUUCAGAGCCAAGACCCAAACUCUGGAAUGUCCUGUGCCAGGCUGGCUCAAGCUCAUCCUCCAAACAUGACUACAGGUCUUUCACCGCACACAGACCUUCUAUCCCUGUCCUCUGAGUUCCCCAGCCUCCAGGUGGCAGAACCAGCUUCCAUUUCCGAAGCUCCUCCACAGGUGUAUGGAGUCCGGACCAACCUCAGCCUCAGUCGUACCAUUGCCAACACUUUUGCCUGCAAAUCCUGCGGUCAGACCUUCCCCCUUCCCAGCCUGUUGCGGCGGCAUUAUGGUCAGUGCCAACAGAAGUUCCAGAAUAGUUUUCAGCAGCCUCUAGUAGAAAGCAAGAAGACCAGAUUGCAACUGUACCCACCGGGCUGCAGCCCCUUCCGCUGUAGAGAGUGUAACCGAGAGUUCAACCGCAUGGAGAACCUCAAGACACACCUUCGUAUCCACACAGGAGAGAGACCGUACACCUGCUCUGUUUGCUCCAAGUGCUUCCGUCACUCUGGGGCAUUAACCAGACACUUCCGUAUCCACACCGGAGAGAAGCCUUACGUCUGUGGACAGUGUGGGAAAUCAUUCAGAAACUGUGGGGGGCUCAAAUUCCACCAGCGCUCACACAGCAAACAGCUGUAGAGUGAAGCUCAGCUGUGUUAAGGUCCACAGGAUCAAGCAUUUUUAUGUGAGGUGUAAACAGCUGAUUUUAUGCAGUGCUCAAUAUGUUUAAAUUUGAUCAUUUUAUGUUAAAAAAAAAAUACAAUUUCAAUGAGUUUUCCAGACUGUCUGAAAGUGGGAACGCUGUCUGGAAAUCUCUGGA